AUGUCGCUAAUUUCGCUGAUCAUCGUUUUCUCGUACGUUUCGCUGCUGGUCCUUUUCGGAACCGUUUCGUUCCGAAUCUACAAGAACGCACUUCAGGCCGUACAAAAGACACCCGUUCAAAGAAUACCUGGACUUUGCGCCCUCCCAUGUGGGCUAUCGCAGGAGAAAGUACAGCAGCUGAUCACGGUUGCUGUAGCGCAUGCCAACGCCCUGCUGUCGGAGCUACGCCGUCUGUUCCUGGUGGAAGAUCUAGUCGAUUCUAUCAAGUUUGGCGUUGUCCUUAACUGCUUAACCUAUGUCGGCGCCAUUUUCAACGGAAUGACGUGUGUCAUUGCAUUCGUUGCACUAUUCACCUUGCCAAAGGUCUACGAAAAUAAGCAGUCGAUUGACGCUAACUUGGAACUGGUCAGAAGCAAAAUUCUGGAAAUCACCGAAAAAUUAAAAGCGGCCGUUCCUCUGGGAUAG